CACCCGCAAAUCACACACCCAACCUACUUCACUCCUCUCAAUUAACAUAAAGCGUUUUCGCAUAUUGCAAUAUUUCCAAGAAGAUUAGAGACGCCCGAACGAUAAAAUCUGCUCACGACCAUGACGACCUCAACGGCUUCGGCCGCUCCUCGAGAGGCCUUGAGUCAUGAGGCGAAACGAAUGCGCGACGAAUAUCACAGCGCCGACGUCGUAAUCGUCGGUGCCGGCAUCUUUGGAUGCGCAAUGGCAUAUGCUCUCGGCAAUCAAGGCCGCAGUGUCAUAUUACUAGAAAAGUCGAUGAAACAGCCGGACCGGAUCGUCGGAGAGCUGCUGCAACCCGGUGGCGUGGAAGCAUUGGAAAAGUUGGGUAUGAGGGAUUGUCUGGAGGAGAUCGACGCAAUCAAGGUCUUUGGAUAUGAUGUGAUUUACUAUGGGGAGGAGGUCAAGAUCUCAUAUCCACAGGUCGCGGGCGAUUCGUCGAUACGAGAGAAGGCAAAGGGGAUAGAGAAAGGACGACCCGAGGGCCGGUCGUUUCAUCACGGACGAUUCAUCCAGAGGUUACGGCAGAAGGUCCUGUCAAAUCCAAAUGUCUCUGUCGUGGAGGCGACGGCCACGGAUUUGGUGCGUUGCGAAUGGACAGAUCAGAUCCUGGGAGUGGAAGCGAUUCGACAAGGAGAACCGGACGCCUAUUUCGGCGGCCUGACAAUCAUCGCCGACGGCUACAACAGCAAAUUCCGCAAAGCCUUCCGCACCGACGCGCCCAUCUCGAAAUCCAAAUUCUGGGCCCUCGAGCUCAUCGACGCCGACCUCCCCAUGCCGAACCAUGGCCACGUCCUCCUCUCCGACAGCGCCCCCAUCCUCCUCUACCAAAUCGGCACCCACGAAACCCGCGCACUGAUCGACAUCCCCGAGAACCUCCCUUCCGCCUCACUCGCCGCUGGCGGCGUCAAAAACCAUCUCACCAACGUCGUCGUCCCGAAGCUGCCCGCUCGCGUCCGCCCCGCUUUCACCGCCGCCAUCGCCCGCGAUCGCCUCCGCUCUAUGCCCAACAGCUUCCUCCCCGCCACGACCAACAAAACUCCCGGCCUGAUCCUCCUCGGCGACGCGCUCAACAUGCGCCACCCGCUCACUGGCGGCGGCAUGACCGUCGCCUUCAACGACGCCGUGCUCCUAUCGGAACUCUUCGACCCAGCCGUCAUCCCCGCCCUCGACGACCACGCCGCCGUUCUCUCCGCUAUGCGUACCUUCCAUUGGCGCCGCAAGAACCUCACGGCUGUGAUCAAUAUCCUCGCGCAAGCGCUCUAUGCCCUUUUCGCGGCGGAAGACGCUCAACUCAGGGCGCUGCAACAGGGCUGCUUCGAGUACUUCAAACUUGGGGGUAACUGCAUCGACGGCCCGGUCGGAUUACUCGGCGGCAUCAUUCGACAGCCGUUUGUGCUCUUCUACCAUUUCUUCGCGGUCGCGUUGCUGUCGAUUUGGUUGUACAUUGUUCGCGGGAAGACGGUCUUGUUGCCUGUUAGGGCGCUGGGGAGCGUGGGUGUUUUUUUCAAGGCGUGUCAGGUGCUGUUCCCAUAUAUUUUCGCGGAGUUGAGAUCGUGAGUCGCUUUAUCGAUGGCGGGAACGAUUCGUGGGAUGUAUGCAUUUCGGGAUACGGAUACCUUUUUGUUCUCUAGAUUUUGAGCUCGCUUUUCUUCGGAGGGAGGCGUUUCUUUGGGUGAUUGGCCUUUCACUACAUCAUCCCAUCACUUAACUUACGUAUAGAUUAAUCAUGAAGUCACAAUAUGACCAUAAUUCAC